CUCUAUUAAUUAAUCCCCCCUUCUACAAUUUCUUCACCCCCCCAAAUAUACAUAUAGUGGUGGUGCCAAUUGCAAUAAAAAAUUAAUCAAUGGCGGAGGAGGAGAAGAAGUCGGCGGCGGCGGCGGCGGUGCGGCGGCGGGCGAGUUCGAGAAAGGGGUGCAUGCGGGGAAAGGGCGGGCCGGAGAACGCCACGUGCACAUACAAAGGCGUACGGCAGCGCACGUGGGGGAAAUGGGUCGCCGAGAUCCGGGAGCCCACGAACGGGACACGUGUCUGGCUGGGGACGUUCGACACAUCCUACGACGCCGCCGUAGCCUACGACGCCGCCGCCCGGAAGUUCUACGGCCCCGACGCGAAGCUUAAUCUGCCGCAUCUCCACCACCGUCAUCAAUUGCAGUUGACUCAGGCGCCGCCGCCGCCGCCGUUGCCGGGGAAAAUGGUGGUCGGCGGUGGGGAUGAUGACCUGGCGCCGAUUUUGGAUUAUUGUUUUGGGAGGGAGGAGAUGAGUGAUAAUGUGCAGUGGUUUGGCGGCGGCGGCGGGGUGGAUUUGAGUGUGGCGGUGGCGGAGCUGCCGGCGGUGGAUGACUCGGAGCUGUGGGCGGAGGCGGCGAAGGAUACAUCGUUGGAGGUGGUGCAUGAUCCGGGAGCUUUCGGGAGCUGCAAUUUGGACAGCAAUGGCGUCCCGUUUUCUCUCUUUAAUUCUAUUAAUUAAUUAAAUUUUAGAAUUAAAUAAUAUUAUAAUCUUGAUUAAUUAAUUAAUUAAUUAAUUAAUACUUUGUAGUAUAUGUUUGUCUAUUAUUAUUAUUAUUAGUAGUAGUAUUGCUUUGUAUAUACGUAUUAUAAUUAUUGUGUGGAUGCAGUGUUUGUACAGUGUACGGAGUGUUAUAAGCUGGACAUGUAGAAAAAGAAUAUAAUGGUGUGUAUGUAUGUAUAAUACAUGUCUGA